AUGAUCUGUAAAACCUGCUGCCACAUCAUGCUGUCCCAGGAGGAGAAGAAGCAGUUUCUGGAUUAUCUGAAGAGGCCUGGCCUGACCUACCUCCAGAAACGUGGACUGAAGAAGAAAAUCUCUGAUAAGUGCCGAAAGAAGAACAUCUGCCAUUACUGUGGCGCUUUUAAUGGUACCGUAAAGAAAUGUGGAUUACUGAAGAUAAUUCAUGAGAAGUACAAGACCAACAAAAAAGUGGUGGAUCCUAUCGUAUCAAAUUUCCUUCAGUCUUUUGAAACAGCCAUCGAGCAUAACAAAGAAGUAGAACCACUGUUGGGAAGGGCACAGGAAAACUUGAAUCCCUUAGUAGUUCUGAAUUUAUUCAAACGAAUCCCAGCUGAAGAUGUCCCUCUACUUCUAAUGAACCCAGAAGCUGGAAAGCCCUCUGAUUUGAUUCUCACACGACUUUUAGUGCCCCCUUUGUGUAUCAGACCCUCCGUCGUGAGCGAUUUGAAGUCUGGCACCAAUGAAGAUGAUCUGACGAUGAAAUUGACAGAAAUCAUUUUCCUAAAUGACGUCAUUAAAAAGCAUCGGAUAUCAGGAGCAAAGACCCAGAUGAUCAUGGAAGACUGGGAUUUCUUGCAACUACAGUGUGCCCUCUACAUUAACAGCGAGCUCUCAGGCAUUCCCCUCAACAUGGCACCCAAGAAAUGGACAAGAGGUUUCGUCCAGCGCCUAAAGGGAAAACAGGGUCGAUUUAGAGGCAAUCUCUCAGGAAAGAGAGUGGAUUUUUCUGGCAGAACAGUCAUCUCACCUGACCCCAAUCUCAGGAUCGAUGAGGUAGCUGUGCCCGUUCACGUGGCCAAAAUUCUUACUUUUCCUGAGAAGGUGAACAAAGCAAACAUCAAUUUUUUGAGGAAACUGGUUCGAAAUGGCCCUGAAGUUCACCCAGGAGCCAAUUUCAUUCAGCAGAGACACACACAGAUGAAAAGGUUUUUGAAGUACGGAAAUAGGGAAAAGAUGGCCCAGGAGCUCAAGUAUGGGGACAUCGUGGAGAGACACCUCAUAGAUGGAGAUGUGGUGCUGUUCAACCGGCAGCCGUCGCUGCACAAACUGAGCAUUAUGGCGCAUCUGGCCAAGGUCAAGCCCCACCGGACCUUCAGAUUUAACGAGUGUGUCUGUACGCCCUACAACGCAGAUUUCGAUGGCGAUGAGAUGAAUCUUCAUCUUCCUCAAACGGAGGAAGCUAAAGCAGAGGCCCUUGUUCUGAUGGGGACUAAAGCAAAUCUGGUAACACCAAGGAAUGGAGAACCACUAAUUGCUGCUAUUCAGGAUUUUCUGACAGGUGCCUAUCUCCUCACCCUGAAGGACACUUUCUUUGACCGCGCCAAGGCUUGCCAAAUCAUUGCUUCAAUAUUGGUUGGCAAGGAUGAGAAAAUUAAAGUUCACCUCCCACCCCCGACGAUACUAAAGCCUGUCACCCUAUGGACGGGAAAGCAGAUCUUCAGUGUCAUCCUCAGACCAAGCGAUGACAACCCAGUGAGGGCCAACCUCCGAACCAAGGGCAAGCAGUACUGCGGCAAAGGAGAAGAUCUCUGUGUCAAUGAUUCCUACGUUACUAUCCAGAACAGUGAGUUGAUGAGUGGCAGUAUGGACAAGGGAACUCUGGGGUCCGGAUCCAAGAACAACAUAUUCUACAUUUUGCUGCGAGACUGGGGGCAGAACGAAGCGGCUGAUGCAAUGUCACGGCUUGCCAGGCUGGCUCCUGUCUACCUCUCAAACCGUGGAUUCUCCAUUGGGAUUGGUGACGUCACACCUGGUCAAGGACUGCUGAAGGCCAAGUAUGAGUUGCUGAACGCUGGCUAUAAAAAAUGUGACGAGUACAUCGAAGCCCUGAACACAGGCAAGCUGCAGCAACAGCCUGGCUGCACCGCUGAGGAGACUCUGGAGGCUCUGAUCCUGAAGGAGCUGUCUGUGAUCCGAGACCACGCAGGCAGUGCCUGUCUCCGGGAGCUGGAUAAGAGCAACAGCCCACUCACCAUGGCUCUGUGCGGCUCCAAGGGUUCUUUCAUUAACAUAUCACAGAUGAUUGCCUGUGUGGGACAGCAGGCCAUCAGUGGCUCUCGAGUGCCAGAUGGCUUUGAAAACAGGUCCUUGCCUCACUUUGAAAAACACUCAAAGGUAAGUGUAGUGGCUCAGGCAGAGCUUAAGAAAGCCUCAAACAUAAGCCCAUUUAGAGACUCCGAGUUUAUAAAUGGUGCAGUUCUAGCUGUUCGGAGCUGGGUGGAUGCAGGCAACACGCAUGCCCGGAGAGCAGAGGAGAUGACGGCGGCGGCAGCGGGUUCCCCUGCUGUGGCCCCUGCUGGCCGGGGGGGGGGCCGCCUGGGACGGGGUGGAGAGGGCGUCACUAGCCAUCGCAAAACUGGCGGGCUCAUCGCACUACCGAAGUUUGUAAAACACGCUGCCAUCCAGAUCCCCAAGAAAUACACAACUGACGUUUGCCGUGUAUUCUCUCAGGAAAUAAAAAAUUUCGUCCAGGGCGUUUCUGAGAAGAUCAAGAAGACCAGAGAUAAAUACGGCAUCAACGACAACGGCACAACAGAGCCGCGUGUGUUGUACCAGUUGGACCGGAUCACCCCCACCCAAAUCGAAAAGUUCCUGGAGACCUGUAGGGACAAGUACAUGAGGGCGCAGAUGGAGCCAGGAUCUGCGGUGGGCGCACUGUGUGCCCAGAGCAUUGGGGAGCCAGGCACCCAGAUGACCCUGAAGACUUUCCACUUUGCGGGCGUGGCCUCCAUGAACAUCACCCUGGGUGUGCCCCGGAUCAAAGAGAUCAUCAAUGCUUCCAAGGCCAUCAGCACCCCGAUCAUUACGGCACAGCUGGAUAAGGACGACGACGCGGACUACGCUCGCCUCGUGAAGGGCAGAAUUGAGAAGACCCUCCUGGGAGAGAUUUCCGAGUAUAUUGAAGAAGUGUUUCUUCCGGAUGACUGCUUUAUCCUCGUCAAGCUCUCCCUGGAACGGAUCAGACUUCUGAGACUGGAAGUGAACGCUGAGACGGUGCGCUAUUCCAUCUGCAUGUCCAAGCUCCGCGUGAAGCCUGGCGAUGUGGCCGUUCACGGCGAGGCUGUGGUGUGUGUCACCCCCAGAGAGAACAGCAAGAGCUCCAUGUACUAUGUGCUGCAGUUCCUGAAAGAGGAUCUCCCCAAGGUUGUGGUGCAGGGCAUCCCGGAGGUUUCCAGAGCUGUCAUCCACAUCGACGAGCAGAGCGGAAAGGAGAAGUACAAGCUUCUGGUGGAGGGUGAUAACCUGCGGGCGGUCAUGGCCACCCACGGUGUGAAGGGCACCCGCACCACCUCCAAUAACACCUAUGAGGUGGAGAAAACUCUGGGCAUCGAAGCUGCCCGGACAACGAUCAUCAAUGAAAUCCAGUACACGAUGGUCAACCACGGCAUGAGCAUCGACAGGAGGCACGUGAUGCUGCUCUCUGACCUGAUGACCUACAAGGGUGAAGUCCUGGGCAUCACGAGGUUUGGCCUGGCCAAGAUGAAGGAGAGUGUGCUGAUGCUGGCCUCCUUUGAGAAAACAGCUGACCAUCUCUUCGACGCGGCCUACUUUGGGCAGAAGGACUCCGUGUGUGGGGUGUCUGAAUGCAUCAUCAUGGGGAUCCCCAUGAACAUUGGAACUGGACUCUUCAAGCUGCUGCACAAGGCCGACAGGGACCCAAGCCCUCCCAGGAGACCCCUGAUCUUCGACACGAACGAAUUCCACAUCCCCCUUGUCACAUAGUCCAGGGAGGAGGGGACCAUUCCUGACCUCAGCUCCUUGUCCCAUCUGGAAAGAGGUCGAGACUGGCAGCUGACCCAGAGAGCUAGUGCUCCCUGGGACAGGCCUUGAUAUCCCCACCGUGCCGUCACGCCGAGAAGGCCUCCAUGUCCCCGGGAGCAGCUCGCCCGGGACCCUGAUCACACCACAGUGCCUGGUCGGGAGAACUGAGGUUUGUCUGUUUGAAGCCCUAGCCUCACCAGGAGGACCCGGUCAGGCGUCUUUGCUCAUUCUCACCUCACCCUUCCAACCACUGGCUUUCAGGAGUGUCACACCAUGACCCAGAGCCAGCUGUAAGCCCCAAGACCAAGGCCUGUUCCUGGUUUUUCUGUUCCUCAGUCAUGCUCGAAUCUCUUCAUGUGGCCUACUCAUGUAAAUAUUAUCACUGUUAUUUAUUUGUUCA